AUGUCCGUGAACUUAGCGGGACGUAAUAGAAUUCAAUUAAACCUAUACAACAGUUGUGUUGGUCAUCUUUUGGACAUUGUUAAAAAGAUCCCACCGUUUGUUGGAUCUCGGUUUAUUUUAUACGAAUUUUUGAAAAACUGCCACUGAAUUUACGCUCAAGUCAGCGGCCAAAUUUUUAUUAUAUCGUUAAAUUUAUAUACAUUUGCAUUAUUUUUAAGUGAAUUUCGAUAUAUUGUGUGGGUUACAUUGUUUAUAGUUUGAAAAAUGAUUAUAGAGUGUAAUUGGUGUUACUCAUCGUCGAUGCUAUAUUAUCAAAUUAUUUGUUACAUAUUUUUGUCUAUAUAGUUAAAAAACACUAAUUUUAUUAAUAAGUAUUUCUUUUAAAUUAUAUUUUAGAUUCUGAGCGGAGCGAGUAAUGUAUUGGUUUUACAAUGAUGUUAAUUUUUUUUUUAUUUAAACGUAUGGUGCGUAGCAAAUAAAUUACAAGCUUUAUGCUACGAUACAGCAGCAUCUAACACAGUUCACUUAACUGAUUCCUGUAUACAGAGUGAUCAAUCUAUCGUAAAGCACUCGUUAACUCGGAAAGUGUUAAAUUUUUUCGGAAUUUGUUUUCUAGAAUAUUUAAGAAACAAGCUACUCUAUAAUUUUAUAUUUAUGUUAUUUUUUCAUCACUCUUAUUUUUGGGGGUAAAACCACUAUCUAUUUUUGAUUUUAAAAUGGCAACCUAUAUUAAAAAUUCCAUGAAUAGACUAAUUAUAAAUUAAAAUACAUUUUGGUCUUGAAAUUUUUGAUAUCCGUCAAUCCGUUGACAAGAUACUUCUACUUCUACUUUUAAGUUUGGAUUGGGGGAGAGUGGUGGUGCAUUAUUAAUACGCCGCGCGCUGUAUCGCCGCACAAAUGAUACUCCACUACUCUCCUUCAAUCCAAACUUAAAAGUGGAAUAUCUCGUCAAUGAAUUGACGGAAAUCAAAAAUUUCACCACUAAAAUUUAUUUUAACUAAUAUUCCACUUAUUGAUGGGAUUUUAGUUUAUAGGUUACCAUUUGAAAAACAAAAGUAGGCAGUGAUUUUAUUCCUAAAAAUAAAGGUGACAAAAAUAACAUAAACAUACGAUAGUAGAGCAGCUUGUUUCUUAAAUGUUCUAUAAAAUAAAUUUCGGAAAAAGUUAAUACUUUACGAGAUAAUGAGUGUCUUAUGAUAGAUUGAUCGCCCCGUAUUAUUGGAACAACUGAUAGGAGAAAAUAUUUUAUCUUCUAUCUUUUAUAUUACAUAUUUUAAUAUUUUAGAGACGGCAUGUUUUUUAAUUGGUAUCAAGGAGUGUAAAGGCUGUAAAGUGUUCGUUAUUAUUAUUGUUAUUAUUAUUAUUAGGCAUUUAUUUCAAAGAAUAACGGGCCCACUGAGCACGCUCGUGAGGGGGCCCACGAGAACUUGCCUUACAGUUUUUUAAAGUUAGUUAAUCACAGACUUAAUAGUAGAGAUGAUACUUAAAUAUUAGAAAAUAUAAACAAAUAAAAAACACAAAGUAAACAUAUGAAAAAAUACACAAGGGAGAGCAAUUAUACAUUUAUAAUUAAUUUUAAUUAGUUUAAUUUAUAAAUAAUAUACCGAAUAAAAUUGUGACAUUAAGAAAGUAUUUUUAUUAUAACUCCAGUUUGUUGUUUAAGCCAUUUUUGUAAUUUUAAUUUAAGCGUGUUGAAUUUUUCACCGAGUAGACUCUUAUGGAAGUUUAUUGUUAAUAAAUGAUUCUAUAAAUGUGUGUGACGAUUGGGUGAUAGUUUUAUGCAUUUUAGGAACGAUAAUAUUAUUGAUUUUAUAUCUCGCGUUAAAUGUGUGGUUUGUUGCUUUCGUUAAAUUAUUUUUGACCAUGAAUAUGACAGCUGUUUUAUAAACGAGUUUUUUCCUGGCAAAACAUUAAAUUCUAAAUAAAGAUCGUUGACAUGAUAUAAAUCGUUUUUAUUCAAAACUAUCAUUAUUAUUUUGCGGUAUUUAAAGAUGAAUAAGGUUUGUGUUAUUACCACUACCCCAAGCAAUAAUCCCAUAUGUAAUUAAAGAUUCUAUAAGCCUUUUUUAAAUUAUUCUUAAUCGGUUUAUGUUGAAUAUAUUUUGUAAUUGUUUAAAAACAUAGGCAAUUUUUCUUAAUUUGGUUAUUAGUAUUUGAAUAUGUUCAAUCCAUCUGAUGUUUCUACACCUAUGUAUACCUAUAUAUACCUAGAUACUCAACACUAUUUGAUAUUAAUAAUUGUUGGUUACAAGAGCAGUUGCUAGUAUUUGUACACGUAUAAGAAUGUAGAGUUAAGUUAUUUAUAUUAGGGAAAUCUGUACUGUUUAGACAGUGAGGCGAAAUGAAGUUUAUAGAUUACAAACAUUUAAAUUUCCAUUGCUUUAGUACAUUUUUACGGUGGAAAUAAUAUUUAUGAAUAACACAAGGACUAAAAUCCCGCCUCACCUUACACCGUGCAUUUCAUUCUUAGACGAAGGAAUAAUGUAGUAUGUAUGCAUUUGCCUCUAUCAAUCAAUUUUACCGGGGAGAUUACAGCAACAUAAGAAUAUGUACCCGUCGUGUGUCGAGGACGUAAAAAUAACAUAAAGAAAAUACUUCCCUGUUCAUUUCGUCCGUAAAUGUAAUAAUAAAAUAGUAUGCUUACAUAUUAUUUAUCUUGAGCUACAAGUAGAUAGUUGUCGCAAACAUAUCGGCCAUUCUUAGUCAAUGCAAACGCUACGAAUUAAACAUAUAAACAAUUCGACUAAUAAAUGUGUUUUAUUACACAUUUUAUUAUUAGCUGCAUUUUCCUAUCAUAAAUAAUACUACAAUAUGUUAGAAAAUAAUUUACUUAUUUAUUUAUUGAACUAUAUUCUAAUAGAUAUCACUAUGUCGAAAUAUACGAAUAUUUUACUUACCUAUUUAUGACAAAUCUAUUGAAUUUUGAAACAAAUAUCAUCGACAGAUGUAAAAUGUGGUCGAUCUGUACGGAACACCGCCGAUAGAAUAGUUCGUUUAUUAGCUAUUGUUUAUUAUUUUAUAAUAAUAAUUAUUUAUUUAAUAAAAAAUACCAUAUUAAGUAAAUGUGGUGUAUUAUAUUUUGAUGAGAACAUUAUGCUUUAUUGAUGAUUACCUAUUUCAUAAUUGUAAUAAAUAUCUUCUAAGGUCGUGUUUAUGUAUACUGUUAUUUAAUAAUACGAUUGUAUUGUAUAGACACAGUGGUACCACAGCUAUAUAUUUUACAAUUUCGUUAGAUAUAAUUAGAUUCAGAAAAAAAUAAUUACUCUUAUAUAUUACUGUUAGGUAUUAGUAUUACUUUUCGUCCUGCUGUAAGAAUUUGUGUAAUUUAUUAAUGAACAAAAAUAAUGUUAACAAUUUAUUUUCGUACUUUGAAAUACUACCCAAACCAAAUUCAACAAUAAAUUAUGAAAAUUUGGAUGAAUCUGACGAGGUAGGUUUUUUUCGUACAUACUUUCACAGCUUUCAAAACUGUUCUCUUCAAGUCAUAUUUUGCUUAGGUAAAUUGUAACUUAAAUUAUUUUAUAGGUUAUAGUUUCAUUUACCUAUGGAAAGCUAUAUUACACAUACAAAGUGUAAUAUAUAUUAUAUCUAUGGACUCUAAUUUAUUUUAAUUUUUUUUUAGGUCUUUUAAGCUUGUUAAAACAAUUGCCAUUUAUGUUAAAUUUGUUUAUAUAUUACAAACAAUAAAUAUUCUCAACAAAAGACUAUAACAAAAAAGUAUACAAAUGUCACUACAAUAAUGAGUGAAGUAAUUCAAACUUUUGAGAAUAUAAGAAAUGUUUAUAAUUGUCCACCGUUUGGAGCAAAGUAGACGAAUUUUCUUCUAGGCAUAACGUUUCUGUUCGAAUACCAAAUUCUGGUAAGUCAUAUAAAGGGAAAUUUGUUAAAAGCGACUUAUGUAGGUUAAUUAGUUAAUAACAGGUCACUGGAAAAUUUUUCCGAUGACUAAGUGAAACACAAUUUUGUUUAUAAUAUCAUAUACGUUUAUCACUUAUUAUUAAAAUUUACCUUUAUGUGCGUAAACAUUUUCUAAAAACAUGUAAUUUAGUUAAAUAUUGUGGAGGUUACUUGUUUAUUUAUCAGUAUCAAAAGGAAAACGCAGUAAACCUCAACAUUUAAAAAAAUCGUGAUCUUUAGUAGUGCUGAUGGAGAUUAUGAAGUUACUCAAAAUAUAAGAUUAGAAGAUCAACAACAGGGAAUUAAGAAACAUUGGUGCAUUCGGUUUUACUAUACUAUAGUUGAUUCUGUCAUAAACUAUUUAAAGAAAAGAUUUUAUGAAGAAAACCAAAAACUUGCAUUGGUUGCAGGCAGUUUUUUAAAUCUACAUUAUAAAGAAGCAUUACCUUUCAUUAGUCAUUAUGAGGUAAUUUCAUGUUUAACUAAUUUAGAUUAUGAUUGCAAUUAA